CUCUCUCCCUCUCUUUUCUGUUUUUGAAUGACUUACUAUACUUACUUCCUGUUUUGGGUCCGGGAACUUGCUAGUUACCAGGAUGAAGGAAAGUGCCAGGAUGCACGACGUCCAAAUGGAGGCCAGCGGGUUGCCAGCGGAAAAUAAAGACGUACGGAACUUCCAUGUUUCCGAAAUCCAACGGUGGCGUUAGCGUCCAUCUGAGUAAGAAAUGGAAGAAAACCCGGUGAGAGUCUUGGUGUGCGGGGACGUUGAAGGCAAGCUCGGAGCGCUUUUCGCCAGAGUUCAGAGCAUCCAGAAGAAGACGGCACAGUUUGACCUUCUUUUGUGCGUUGGGGAAUUCUUUGCAUCAACGCUGGAAGCCGACGAAGAGUGGCAGCAGUACAAAAGUGGAGCAAAGAAAGCUCCCAUCCACACGUACAUCCUGGGCGCAGGAAGUCAGGAAACGGCCGUGAAAUUCCCCAGUGCCGACGGCUGCGAACUGGCUGACAACAUCACGUACUUGGGGCGCCGUGGCGUGUUCACGACGGCGUCGGGCCUGCAGAUCGCCUACGUCAGCGGGCGCGAAGCCCGGCAGGAGCCGGCGCCCGCCCACUGCUUCGCCCCCAAAGACCUGACGGCCCUGCUGACCCCGCUGACCGGCAGCAGCAAGUUCCGAGGAGUCGACAUCCUGCUGACGUCGCAGUGGCCGAGGGGGGUGUGGCGCUACGCAAACAACCCGGAAGUCGACACAAAGUCUUGUGGAAGCGACGCAGUGGCCAAGCUGGCAGACCAGCUGAAGCCCAGAUACCACUUUGCCGCGCUAGAGGGCGCUCACUACGAAAGGUUACCUUACAGGAACCACGCCGUUCUCCAGGAAAACGCUCAGCACGUCACCCGCUUCAUUGCCUUGGCAACCGUCAACAAUCUCGCCAAGAAGAAGUACCUGUACGCCUUCAACAUCAUUCCCAUGAAGACCGUGGAUCCGUCGGAGCUGGUCAAACAGCCGCAGGACGUGACGGAGAACCCCUACAGGCGGACGGACAAAGUCCAGGAGAAGACUGCGAAGGGGGGCCCGUGCGCCGAGGAGGAGGAGCCCAGAACUCAGUUCUUCUUCGACCUCGGAGGCGGCGGCGGGCGCGGCAGGAAGAGGUCGUCGGAGGGAGACCGACCGGCACGCAAGCGACCUCGCGAGCGCCCGCUCCCUCCUGGGGAGUGCUGGUUCUGCCUGGCGAGCCCUCAGGUGGAGAAACAUCUGGUGGUCAGCAUCGGGACGCACUGCUACCUGGCGCUGGCCAAAGGCGGGCUCAACGCGGGUCACGUGCUCAUCCUGCCCAUCGGACACUACCGGUCCACGGUGGAGCUGGCCUCCGAGGUUCUGCAGGAGAUGGACGAGUACAAGGCGGCCCUGAGGAGCUUCUACAAGAGCCGCGGGGAGCGCUGCGUGCUCUUUGAGAGGAACUACCGGAGUCAGCACCUGCAGCUUCAGGUGGUCCCGGUGCCGCUGGACCGUUGCGAAGACCUGAAGGAGGUCUUCGUGGUGCAGGCUCAGGAGCAGCAGAUGGAGCUGGCGGAGAUUCCGCAACACAGCGACCUCAAGCAGAUCGCCCCGCCCGGCGUGCCCUACUUCUACGUGGAGCUGGACUCGGGCGACAAACUCUUCUACCGCAUCCAGAGGAAUUUCCCGCUGCAGUUCGGGAGGGAGGUGCUGGCCAGCGAGGCGGUUCUGAACGUUCCGACCCGAGCCGACUGGAAGGAGUGCAAACAAAGCCGAGCGGAGGAGGAGGCGGCGUGCGCGCGGCUGAGAGACGCCUUCCGGCCGUACGACUUCGCCUGGGACGAAUAGC